GUACCAUCUAAAACUGGCGGGAACCAUUAACCAAUCAGAAAGGUAGAUUCAGGUCAACAGUGUUGCCUCAUGAACGCUCAUAAUAAUAAUUAGACUUCCGUUUGUAAUUUCUGCGAUAGUCAUUUGAUAAAUGUCUUUUGAAGCAUAUCAUUGAGUUUGAAAAUGUACAAACGAUUGGAUAUAUACGGAUCGGAUUGCAGCAUAACUUUACUUUACGUAAACUCACAUUUGACAACGUCCUGUUGCUUCCCCUUCCCUCCCUUUAUCAUUUCAAAUGUUCAUUCAUUCAAACGUCUAAGGUAGGUUGUUUGUUGUUAUGUUGUUGUUAUCAGCAAACAUGUUUUUGGCUCUCGAUCAAUGAAUAAUUGAUUCACGUAAAUUAUUCAACGGUUCUCCCUUCUGAAUUUUGAAUUAAAUUUGACUCAGUGAAAAAUUUACGCAAUUGCCCGACUGUUUAUCUUCAAUGUUAGAGCUGAAUCCAUGUGUCGAUGGCGCUGGCUAAAGUUGAGUCACUCUAUCAAAAGGACUUGAACCAACUGAUUAGAUGUCUUACUGGAUUUGAGGAUGAAGAUGAAAAUGCUGGCAUCUGCUACAAAUAUGCGAUGUCGCACUUGCUGUUCAACAACUAUCCGUCGGCGAACAAGUGGGAGGUCAAUCGGAAAGUCGAUGGCGUUGUUGAAAAGCUCCACUUUCAUGGACUCCCUGGCAGAGCGGAGAAGCUGAGGCUUCUCGUCAAGAAAUUCAUUUCCCUGAAAGAACUUCGCAAUUAUGGCCAGGUGGACGUUGAGUGGCAAGUCCUGCAGUUGUUGCUCAGUUUAGCUUACCGUCCCUCCGAUGUUAGAGAGGAUAUCGUCCUUGAUGAGAAGGAGUUGUUUGAACCCGUCGACUCCGAAGACCUGAAAAAAAAGGAAAAAGAAGAGUGGGCCAAAUACCUGCGCCAAGAUGACUACAAGUUUGACUACACACAUGAUGAUGAGUCAGAUUGGAGUAGUUUGGAAAGUGACGGAGAGAAAGAAAUCACUACGGAUCAUGAGAAGGAUAUGCAGGAGGAUAGUGUAUCAGCUCAAUUCCAGUAUCCUCCAUUAUUUCCCAGAUCGGAACCAGAAGCUAAGUAUCGGAAUCGUGAAGAAUACCUCAGAUGUAUGGCUAAAGAAGGGAUAAUGGCACAAGAAUUUCUGGCAACUCAAGUUCAGCACUCAUGGUGGGACAUUGACCAGGAGAUUGCCAAAAUGGGAGAUAGCUCCAAUCUCAGUUUCAAGGAUUUAGCAAAUUCAUGGCGACGCACAAAAGAUAAUAGAUUGCUCAUGGUGUUAAGUGAGGAGAAAGUUCUUCGGGAAAUUUUAUGGACCCUUCAUUGUCCUUCAAGUGGUGCGUUGUUUCAAAUGGAUGGAUCUGGGUCCUUGAGCGUCAAACAAAACUUCACCUUACCCACUGCUUCUCAGGAAGCAACUUUUCAAACUGUCUCACGUCUGUCGCAUUUACUACAAGUUUGUCAGGAAAUGUCAAGUUUCCGAGAAUCAAUAGAUUUUAUCGAAUCCUCUUUCACUCUGCAAGCAUAUGCUAACACAUUGGCGGAAGUACUAGAAGAAUUUACCAUGAAAAUCCUUUUGCUCGAAAGGAAACUCAAUGAACAUGAAGAUGAUACAACCCUUCUCCAUUUAGAAGAAAUAAUUGCACCAUAUUAUCAUGAUUUGAUGUAUGUAUAUCAAAUUCACCAAAAAGCAACUGAAUUACACGGUAGUAAACCCAAGUGGUUAGCGGUUACCAGAUUGCUGGCAGAGUUAGAAAUUGGCUUAAUGGAGGCCACAUCUUGUCGUCAAACAGAUUUCAUGCUGAGGCUAUUUGUGAAAUCCUUGCGGCCGUCAAUUGAUAUAUUGGAUAAGUGGCUCUCUAUCGGAAAGCUAGAAGAUUUUCGAGAUGAAUUCCUCAUAUGCCGGUCCGAUGAAGACAACACACAUGAUUCAUGGAUUUUGGGAUCAUUUGUCGUUCGGCGUGAUGACAGGGAAUCUCAAAUUUUGAAUUGCCUCGCUGGCUCAGCAUUGAAAGCAGCACAGUCCAUGGAGUUUGCUCUAAAGAUGGGUGACGAGUACACUGUCUUCUCUAAUACCCUUGACACAGGUUUGAUGUCCCAUGAAUUCCUCUCACAACUCGGUGAGGCGAUUUUGGAAGCUUUUCCUCGCAAUGAUAGUCCUUGUGAAGAUACUAAGUUGCAGAUUUCAAGUGUAUGCACUGUACCAGAUUUUCAGCCUGACAUGCAAUAUUUUAAGGACCUAUGUCGAUUUCAUCCUCUAAUUUUCCAAAGUAUCAAAACAAUGUUGGCUGAAGUUAGGAAUAGAGUCAAAGACUGCAGGGAAGCACGUGAGAGAUCCAAAAUGAAUUUCCAAAGCUCAAGAGCAGCUUCUUAUAAUAGAUGUAUUCCUAAACUGGAAAAAGGUAUCUCCGUUUUUCCAUUGAACUCAAAAAUCGAAGCUAUCCUUGAACAUCUGAUCAUCUCCAAACAUGACCCGGCAGCAUACCAGUUCGUGCAACAUCUUAUUUCGGAUGCUUUGUUACUUCGUCAUCUGGAAACCAUGCAUAAAGUUUAUCUUCUAAUAUCCGGUCACACCUUAUCCAUAUUUUACAAUCGACUGUUUCUGUUGGCAGAAGCUGAUAUGUGGAAGAGUGCUAGGAGUCUGAGUCCUUUACUCGAAGAAUGUAUCGAAAAAGAUGUAGGAGAGUUGAGUGAAAGGUUUGAGGUUAUUCCUAAAAAAGGAGGAUCAGCAACAACAAAAAAGUCUAAACCUUUGAAAGCUUUUAAGAUCUCAAAUACGCUCAGCAACUUGGACAAUUUUUACAUCAAUUACCAGGUCGAGUCUCCCGUGAACAUAGUCAUCACCGAGGAAGCUGUAAAUUCUUACAAUUUUGUAUUUAAGUUUUUAGCAAAAAUUGAAUGGGCUAAGUGGUCAUUACAACAGCUUCAACUUAAAGAUUUAAGUAAAACAGUAUCAGAUCCAGUGACUCGUCGUCUAUUUUAUCUGCGGUUCUUCCUCUUGAACUCUGUCUCGCAUAUUCACAACUACUUCAUUCGUCAAAUCUCAGGAGAUGUUUUCGAGACUGUCAAGAAUGAUAUAAUUGAUGCUCCCACUUUGGAUGCAGUUAUCAAAGCUCACAAGUCAUACUUGAGGAAGUUGACUAGUCAUUGCUUGAUUGAAGAAAAGGUUCUGGAGAGGGGCCUUUUACCGUACCUGUCUUUGUGUGAACGUCUACGAGAGCUCUGGAAAGAACAGGUUAAUGGAAGCCUUGAAAAACAGGAUGUUUUUGAAUUCGAAAAAUAUUUCAUCCAAACCCAUUGGCUGCUGACAACCUGCGUCGACACUGCUAUCGACACAACUUCUAUUAAAUAUGCAGGUCCAUUGACUGAGCUUUGGAAAGUGCUCUCAACAAAUAUCCCCUCAAGAGGAGAUGCAUUAGGUGAAGAAAUCGUCCACUUACCUUCAAUGAAUUUCUAGUAGAGAAUGAACUCUGCAUUGCUAAAUAUUUACCUUUUAAUUUCUGUGAUGUUUAUCAUUACUGCUGUAUUUACCAUAAGAGUUAAUGUUUAAGGUACAUUAGUUAGCCCCUAUUAAAUUUUGUGCCAUUAAAGGAGGAUUUGCAAGGUAAUUGAGUGUUUUCGAGUAAAUUCCCAUUUUAAUAGUGAAACUCUGUAUCUUGAUUUGUGAAGUUGCAAAUUUUCUUUUCUCUUUAAAAAGAUAGUGGAUCAUUGUUACUGCACAGAAUUUUGUGCGAUUUUUGAUGUGGGAAACUAAAUACAUACUGAAAUUAAAAUUUAUUUUCUUCAGCAUGGCACACUGGUUCCAGGAAUCACUUUGGUGAGUUCACUCCAGACUAGCCUGCGAUGGGCGGUGAAGGGGAUGCCUUUUGCAAGAGGGUUCUGCAGAACUUGCUCCUUUUCCCUGUUUGGAAGGAAUUUGUCAGAUUCUUCUCUUAAAAGAGCUGUUUUAAGAACAUUUCUGAUUACAAAUACUGAGGUUUUAAGUGCUUGCUCUUUGCAUUUUGGAAAGGUUAAUACUGUCAUUUUCCUUGAAAAUGUUCAAUGUAAAAAACCCUCAGGCCUGGCUUCCAGCUGACGGCCCGUGGCCGUAUGCAGCUGUUGAUUUCCUAUACUUUCUGCUCUCACCAUUCAUCUGCCCCCCCCCCCCAAAUAAUAUGAUCAACAAAGUGGCCAUUUAAAAGUUUUUCUUGUAUCUUAGCCUACCUUUUCUAAGUAACACCACUGAAAUAAUUAAUUUCUGAAGUCAUUUAACUGUGAUUGUUUUUGAAUUUUUAUUAAAUGUGUUUUUUUUAUUUUUA